CGGGUUUCCAAGGAUGCAGAGCGUCCAGAUCCAACAGUCGGCAUCACCAGCGGUGUAACCUUCCCUCAAACAUCUGAUAAGAACCACAGUCAGCUAACCAAUGGAAGUGGAGAAGCUCCGUCACCCUCACAGCAGAACUAUACGUCAGAGGACACCAGGGACACAGCAUCUUCCAACAGCAGCUCUGUGCUUCCCACUACUGCUCCUACAAUCACUACAUCACCAACGCAGGCUGUGCGGGAAUUGGUGGUGUCYGCAGGCGAGAGUGUGGAGGUKACGCUGCCGCGCAACGAGGUGGAACUCAACGCCUUUGUGGUGCCAGCGCCCCAGCCAGGGACCGACUAUGUAUUUGACUGGCUCUUGAGAACUCAUCCCAAAGACUACAGUGGAGAGAUGGAGGGGAAACACAGCAAGACACUCAAACUCAGCAAGCUGACGGUGGGACUGUAUGAGUUUGAGGUGACCGUGGCCGGCGACGGAGCACACGGAGAGGGCUUUGUCAACGUAACAGUCAAACCAGAGCUGCGGAUAAACAAGCUGCCCAUCGCUGUGGUUUCCCCUAAGUUCCAGGAGAUCUCCUUGCCAACCAGCUCCACGGUGAUCGACGGCAGCCAGAGCACAGACGAUGACAAGGUGGUGGCGUGGCAUUGGGAGGAGGUGAAGGGCCCGCUGAGGGAGGAGAAGGUCUCUGCAGACACCCAAAUCCUCACCCUCACCGGCCUUGUCCCAGGGAACUACACAUUCAGUCUGACGGUUACGGACUCAGAUGGAGCCCAGAGCUCCACCCAGGCCACGCUGUCGGUCAGCAAGGCCAUGGACUACCGGCCGGUGGCCAACGCCGGGCCCAACCAGGUCAUCACGCUACCGCGCAACGCUGUCACACUGCACGGCAACCAGAGCGCGGACGACCACGAGCCGCUGGCCUACGAGUGGUCGCUCAGCCCCGAGAGCAAGGGCAAGGUGGUGGAGAUGCAGGGCGUGCGGACUCCCACUCUGCAGCUGUCUGCCAUGCAGGAAGGAGACUACACCUUCCAGCUCACUGUCACAGACACAGCCGGACAGCAAGACACGGCACAGGUCACUGUUAUCGUCCAGCCAGAGAACAAUAAGCCCCCAGUAGCAGACCCCGGCCCAGAGAAGGAGCUGACCCUACCUGUGGACCGCACCACUCUGGACGGCAGCAAGAGCACGGACGACCAGAAUAUCUCCACCUACCACUGGAAACAGAGCAAGGGCCCGGACGGAGUGAAGAUCGAGAACGCUGAUGGCGCCGUUGCCACGGUGACAGGGCUGCAGGUGGGCGAGUACGAGUUCAGCCUGACCGUGACGGACGAGAGGGAUCUGGCGAGCACCGAAACGGUCACAGUCAUCGUCCGAGAGGAGUUGGACCAGCCCCCAGUAGCCCAUGUCCAGUCCAGGCCGGCCAUCUCUCUGCCCCUGCGGACUGCAGCCCUGGAUGGCUCCCACUCCACAGACGACAAGGGCGGAGUCGGCUACUUGUGGACCCGUGACGACAGUAGCCCUGCAGCAGGGGAUGUACUGAACAACUCUGACCACCAGGCGGUGCUGUUUCUCACUAACCUGGUGGAGGGAAAGUACAGCUUCACUUUGACUGUGACAGACAGCAAGGGUCAGAGCAGCUCAGACAGAGGGACUUUAGAGGUCAAACCAGACCGUUGUUGGCAGGGUGACCCUGGUGAGCUGGUGCUGGAGGUGUCUGUGUCCCAGGUGUCCCACCGCCAGAGAGACAUGCUGCUCAGGCAGGUGGGCGUGCUGCUGGGCGUGCUCGACAGUGACAUCACCGUACGGGAGGUCAGCGCCUUCAACGAGCACAGUACUCGUCUGGUGUUCUUGGUGUCUGGGGGUCCGGGUCGCCCCCCUCUGUCCGGUCACAGUGUGGCUCUGGGGCUGCGCAACAAACUACGCAAACAGAAGAACGACUUCCUCAUCUUCAAGGCACGGCGGGUGGACACAGUCAUCUGCCAGCUGAACUGCUCUAGUCACGGGGAUUGUGACUCAUUCACACGGACCUGCGUCUGCCACCCCUUCUGGAUGGAGAAUUUUAUCAAAGCACAGUUGUGGGACCAAGAAAGAAACUGUGAAUGGAGUGUGCUGUACGUAACCAUAGCAUCCUUCAUGAUUGUGGUUGUCAUCGCGACCGUUGUCUGGGGUAUGGUAUGUUGUUACCGCAGGCGUAAGGGUAAAAUGCGCCACAAGAGCAAAAGCCGCUAUAAGAUGCUUAAUGGCGAAGAGCAGGACAGCCUGGAGCUACACCCACCCCGAGCUGGCAGAAUGAAGCCAGCCCCCGCUCCCUCCUCCUCGGCCCUCAUGCACUCUGACUCUGACCUGGACAGUGACGACGGGCAGGGAGGGGUCCCGUGGACGGACCGGGAACGAGGACACCUCCUCCGACCCCAGAACGGAACCCUGAAAAACGGCCAGGGUCCCACCAGGAGUAAAAAGCAAAGAGAGGAGCAGCUAUAGCGACAGAGGGUGGGGGAAACCCUCACCACCCCCUCUCUCUCGCUCUUCUCCACCACACAAACCGUGCACCUCUCCACCCAUAGGACACUUAAGACACAUGGAUCCUGGAGAAUGAGAGAGUACUCUGUUGGACACGGGAUCAAGCUACACACCCCCGUAUUAAAACGUCCCUGCGCCCACACUGAGCCAAGAUGGAGAUGAGAUUUAACCUUUGAGAAGGACACUCCAUUUAAUGGAAAAAUGGGGGAGUUGAUAGGGUAACGAAUGGUCAGGUUGAGCGCUGUUCACCCCUGAGACAUGCAUGUACCCCCCCCUCACUUCUAGAAGGAAAAAACGGGAGACCGCUAGUCAAGAUGAUCCUGUUCCCUUCAGACAGGAACUUUACUCCAUUCCAAUGUCAUGUGAACCACAUGGAAACUGAGCCCGUCUCUCUCUCACACACACACACACACACACACACACACAGUUUCUCUAAGACACACACCUCUUCCCAGGAUGCUUGACACAACACACUUCCAAGUACUGUUAGGCAAAACUCAACGCUGGCCAACUCCACUCUGACAUAGGUUACAAUAUGAUUGACAGGUGACUUGUCUAGAUGAAAACAAAUCUAGAUAUCUGUGCAUGAGACGGUACGGCUGCAGUCGUAUGUAUAUGUAUUAAUGUUUGAAUGGUGGUUAGGUCUGCAUGAGUUAUCCAUGUUGUGUGUGUGCCCGAAUGUGUCUAAAAUCAGAAUAUGUGUGCUUUUGGCCAUUUUGCCAAAACAUCUUGUUUCUGAAAAGGGUUAUGUGUUUGUUUGACACUUAACCAGCAUUGAGUCGAAACUGCUACUGCCAGCCAUGUUGGUCAGUCAGAGGAUCCUGGGAAAUGCUGUUUUACGAGAGCCAUGCCUCAUACUGUAUGAAUUCACUGGAUGACACACUGGACUACACAACAUUGACGCCCCUAACCCCUAUGACUGUGUUCCUGGGAGUUGAUGAUGAAGAUGACACCAAUGACACUCGGGGAAGAAAGGGGCAACGCUUCCUACUCACUCACCUCAGAUGACUGCUCGAGCCUGGAAGACCACUUAACAUCUUGUCUGUUUUUAAGAUUCCUUUUGACCGAUUUAUUUUGAUUCUGAUGCACUUUGUUUUUCAUGCUCACCGUGGCAAUGUCUGCAUCUCCACUGCUCUCACAGGCUGCUAACUGAACAAGUGCUGAUCCACACAGUGAUUGGGAAUUUCUUCAGUUCAGCCGUAGAUUCGGAGUGGGACUCCAUUGCCCAGCAUGUACCUCCCUCCAAAUUUGAAUGGUGUUGUCARUUUGCAUGUAGGUUACUGUGAACCUGACCCUUCAUUCUGACUUUAGCUACUGUUUUGGUUGUUGAAUGUUUUUCAGAGGAAAGCCCCCAUCUAAUCAGAGGAACGCUCUGUGAAAUAAGCUCUCAUGCUGUUUCUCCGUUGCACUAGUCGAGCACAUUUGAUAAAAGAUGGGUAGCGUUCAUUCUGGGACAUGGAGUCCACUGUGAAGGCAGACAGGGAUCAGCAACAAAAUGAAGGGAUUCUGUGUUAAUUAAGUUGUUUAAUAACAAUAUUGUUUUGUGAAGGAUUCCCCUCAAUAUGUGACCAGACCCGAUGAAACUGGAUUAUCAGUAAAUUAAAAUCAAAUGUUUUAAUUUGUC